UAAGCUUUUAGAGAAGAACUAUUUAGAAUUCCGAAUUCUAUUAAAAGAUUUACAGUUGUAUAGUUUUCUUUUAAUCGUAAUCUCUCACAAUCUCUAUUCGUAUUAUCACUAAUUAGUCUAUUUACAUGGAAUAUAUAUUGCAAUUUUGAAUGAUGUUUUCUACCGUUCCUGCAUUUUAUAUGUAUAUAUACAUUCUUAUCGAUAUGAGAUAUAUUGAGCAUAUAUCGAUGUCGAUGUAAAAUUAUCGACUUUAUAUUUUCAUCACUGAGCACUCACAUUAUAAUUUACUUAGUUAUUUAUUGUAUAUAAUUUGAAGAACUUUUCUUAAACAUGGAGAUGAUGCAAGGUGCCUCGUUAUUGUCUCGUCCCGGGGAAGAAUUCGGCAAUGAUGAACUCGUUGAGGAGAUGUGGGCAUUAAAGGCAAUGGAUCACGCUGAGGUAUAUUUCAAUCUUCUCACAAGCGUGCACCCUUCAUGUCUGCACCUGACUCCAUAUGAUGAUCAAAUAUACCAAGCAUUUCGAGAAGAUUUUCCUGAUCUGAAAGUAGAUGUCAUAGCGGAUGAUACCCUUAAAACAGAAGAUGCUAAAAUUCGUUGGCGCUUGUUUGCGGAAAAAUUCAAUAAAUUGGAUGAUUACGCUUACGGAACAUUAAUACGGGCAGAUUCAUCCAAAGAAUUUACACCCGAAAAUUCACUUCUUGUUGUACGUAUACAGUUUUUAGCAAUAGAAAUUGCACGUAAUCGGGAGGGACUAAAUGACGAAGUACAUCGUAAAUUUCGACCUCCACCACGAACCUCGGAUGCAAAAGAUUUGAAAUCGGGAGAAAUAAAUGAGACGUAGAUUUUAAGAAAAUAUAACAAAUUAACGGCAUAUUUAUAUAGUAUAUAUAUUUUAUAUUUUCAUAAAUGCAAAAAUAUACAGAACUGCGAAUAUAGAAAGUAUUUUAAUCGAUACAAGUAAAAUUUUUAUAAACAAAAACAAACCUUUCGAUCACCUGAAUCACCUGUGUGAAUUUACAAUUGCAAAUACAAAUAAUAACAAGUGCGAUAAUACUCAUUAUUGAUUGAACUGAAACACAUUAAUAAAGUACUGUCAAUUUUAUUCCAGGUACUUAGGUUAGAAAACAAAUAAUAUACGUAUAAUAUUUUUUAUUUAAAUUGCGUAUAAGUUGAUUUAAAAAUGCUGAAUAAUAAACAUGUUUGUCAUUCUUCGAGGACAACAUUUGAUAUAAUA